CUUACCCGAAAAUCUGUGCGGUGUUUGGACUGUUACUCGCGAUUUACAAUAAGAAAAUCUAAUUAUCCACCCAAUUAUCGUUACGGAAUAAAUCUUCAAAUCGAUCGCAAACUAUCUCACAUUGUUUUGUUAAUUGUUCUGGCUGGUGAUGUUGCAAUUAAUCCUGGCCCUUUGUCUUUCUCAUCUCCACCUCAUAAACCAUUUACUUCCAUUCCCGUUUAUCUCGACCCUGGUGACGCUGUUGGCUCUCAUAAUGCGCGUGGACGACCCGAAGACAGAUCAUCAAACUUGCUCUGCAUGCACAUGAAUGCAAGAAGUUUAAAAAAGAACAUCCGUGCGCAAGGAAAUCUAUCCGUUUGUAAUCUUCUCAAGUUUCAGGAGAUGGUUUACUCGGAAGCGGCCGAUCUUAUGUUUGCAUCCGAAACUUGGCCCAACGGCAAUAUUUCCAACCAAGAAAUUCUUCCCUACGGAUAUGAUAUAUAUCGAUCUGACCGAUCCUUGGGACGAGUUGGGGGCGGGGUAUUGGUAGCUAUUAAGCAUGGCACCUUCAUCACAUGUAGUCAAAUCACUUCUAUCGCUACGAAGAAUCGAGAGGCAGUUGCUGUACAAUGUACUCUACCAAACCAAACCACCGCAAAUGGCGACUUGUGUGCUGUUACAGACCGCCUGACAGUAACGAAAUAG